UGAAAUGCCGCCAUUUUGAGAACGUGUGGACCGUGGACGGUUUAGUGUGCAGUACCGCUACUGUCGCUACUCCUCUUGGAUUUUGGAUAACUUUUGCCUGACUAAAAACGAACUCUCAAACUUUUUAAAGCCAUCCGAACUAUUUUGGUUGAUAUUUGAGGCAUUUUAAAGAUGAGCUGCCGAGUUUACUUGGGAAGACUACCGUAUGGCACGAGGGAAAAGGACGUUGAUAAAUUCUUUCGCAGCUACGGAAAACUGCGCGAAGUUAACUUAAAGAACGGAUAUGGAUUUGUGGAAUUUGAGGAUCCGAGAGAUGCAGAUGAUGCAGUUUAUGAAUGCAAUGGUAGAGAAAUGAUGGGAGAAAGAAUUCUGGUGGAACAUUCUCGUGGGACUGCUAGAGGCUUUAGCAGUGGUCGCAAGUCAAGAGCUAGAGAUAAGUAUGGUCCACCUGUAAGGACACCAUGGCGAAUCACUGUUGAAAACUUAUCAACACGAAUUAGUUGGCAGGACCUGAAGGAUUAUGCACGUCAAGCUGGUGAGGUGACAUACGGAGAUGCCCACAAGCAAAGGCAGGGUGAAGGUACCCUAGAGUUUGCAACCAAGAGAGACAUGAAAAAUGCGUUAAGGAAACUGGACGGAACUGAACUGCAUGGAAAAAAAAUAAGGCUGAUAGACGAAAGCCCGCGUUCGCGAUCUCGUUCCCGAUCACGAUCCAGAAGCAGAUCUAGAUCCAGGUCUCGCUCUCAUUCACGCUCGCGUCGCCAGAAUUCACGUUCACGUACCAGGUCACGGUCUCACUCACCAAGACGCAAGAGAUCUCGCUCUAAGUCUCGUUCCAAAUCACGCUCUAAGUCUCGCUCAAAGUCACCUAGGCACUCGAGAUCUAGAUCAAAGUCCCAUUCAAAGUCUCGCUCUCGUUCUCGGUCGCGAUCCCCUCAGAAGUCUAGAUCACGUUCUCGUUCUGCCUCUCGGACGCCGAGAAAUGACAAAGCCGGAUCAGCCGAGCCUGGAGCUGAUGAGAACCAGAAUCAUAAUCCUGCUGAUGGUGACGCUGAGCCCCAGUAAAACCAGGAUCUUUUACUCCUAAGUGAACUCUGUACGUGGUGCUGAAUCUUUCUGUAGAUUUUAACUUGAGUUUUUCGCGCAUAUCAUUAGAGAUAAGUGAGCAUACAAUAUGUAUUUAUGUACUAAUUUAUGUAAACGGAUUUAGAGAUUUGACUUGAUUUGGUUUCUUGCCAGAUUUUGAGCAUAAUUGAACGUACAUGUUAUUUUUAAGCCAUACAAAUGUAACCUCUGUUUUGUGGGAACCAUUAAAAGAUUUUUUUUCUGUCGCAA